UUUACUAGCGAGCUGUCACUUCCUGUUCAGUGCUGCUCAUCUUUCAUUCGUGGAAGAUUUUAUUUACUAUUCAACGCCUUGAUUAAGAAGUGUUACAUCUGCAGUUACAUAGCUACCCCAGGAAAGACUGGCGCUCUGUCUCCAUGUUGGUUCUCCAUGACUGAGGAGCGGGUUUGCGUUGGAUACAAGUCAUAGGGAAUGCUAACUGGCUGCUGCUAACAGCUGACGAGCUUCUGGUUGUUGAUAUCAUGAAGGAAACGACAGGGACUGAAAGUAUGUAUGACGUCUGAGCGCCCCCAACCUCAGAGAUGUACCCCUCCUCGAGGAAGGACUUCAUCUCUCUGACCCUGUCCGACUCCUACAACAAUGGGAAGCACCGCAGACAGUCUUGUUGGAGGAAGUGGAAACAGUUGUCACGCCUCCAGCGGAGUUUGAUCUUCUUCCUGCUGGCUCUGAUGCUCAUCCUGGGUCUGCUGUCCUACCCCAGCCUCAACCAGGAUUGGCCCGUGCCGUCAGACAGGGAGGAAUGGCUGGAGGCGGGGGAGCGGGAGCCAGAGGCCGAGCCCCCGGGGGUGAGGCCCGUUGCGGACCCAGCCAUCAGGAAAGUCCCUGGCUUCAACAAGGGUCCAGAGGUGGGCCCUCCCGCAGUCCUCCCAGGACUUCUACCGCAGGUCGUCGAAAGACCACAGGGGCCCCAAGGUCCUGUCCCCAAGAAAGCUCCUGUUAAGCUAUCCAUCGGUUGGCAGAAGCGUCCGCUGGUGAGCAGGCGUGGACCGCCGGGCUUCCAGCGCUGGAACAACGCCUCUGAUUGGCCACUGAGGAGGGAUCAGCCGGAGCAACUGGCCGACCGGGCCGAUGAAGAGGAGGAGCAGGAGAAAGAGGAGAAGAUCGUCAGCUGGCGGGGGGCCAUGAUCGAGGCGGACCAGGGGACGGAGCCCCUCCCCUCGGCUGGAGAGAGACAAGAGGGAGGGGCUGCCCUGGCAGGAAGGGAUGUCGCUGCUGCUGUUCCCGCCCCCGGCAUCGCAGUGUCCCCAGCGGCCGUUCAGGAGGUGGUGGACCGCCCGGAGGCCGUGCGUCAGGCCUUCCGCCACGCCUGGCUGGGCUAUAAGAGCUACGCCUGGGGCCACGACGAGCUGAAGCCCGUCUCCAAGACCUUCGCCGAGUGGUUCGGCCUGGGCCUCACCCUGGUGGACGCCCUGGACACCAUGUGGAUCCUGGGCCUGAAGGAGGAGUUCUCGGAGGCCCGUGGCUGGGUGGAGAAGGACCUGUCCUUCUCCAGGAACGUGGACGUGAACCUGUUCGAGAGCACCAUCCGGGUCCUCGGCGGGCUGCUGAGCACCUACCACCUGACCUCCGACCAGCUGUUCCUGGAGAAAGCUAUCGACAUCGGGUCCAGGCUGAUGCCGGCCUUCAACACCCCCUCUAAGAUCCCCUACUCGGACGUCAACAUCGGGAAGGGCACGGCCCACCCGCCCCGCUGGACCACCGACAGCACGGUGGCCGAGGUGACCAGCAUCCAGCUGGAGUUCAGAGAGCUCAGCCGCCUCACCGGGGACCCCCAGUACCAGAACGCGGUCAACGAGGUGACCAGGCUGGUGCACAACCUGGCGGGCAAGAAGGACGGCCUGGUGCCCAUGUUCAUCAACACCAACACGGGACACUUCUCCCACAAGGGGGUGUUCACGCUGGGGGCGCGCACCGACAGCUACUACGAGUACCUGCUCAAACAGUGGAUCCAGGGCGGCAAGACCGAGGACAGCCUGCUGGAGGACUACCUGCAUGCUCUGGAGGGGGUGAGGAGCCACCUGCUUCGACAGUCUGGACCCAGCCAGCUCACCUUCGUAGGAGAACUGUCCCACAACCGCUUCAACCCCAAGAUGGACCACCUGGUGUGCUUCCUCCCGGGCACCCUGGCCCUGGGAGCCCACCACGGGCUCCCAGGGGACCACAUGGACCUGGCCCAGCAGCUGAUGGAGACGUGCCACCAGAUGUACGUCCAGAUGGAGACCGGCCUGAGCCCCGAGAUCGCCCAUUUCAACCUCCCCCCCGCCACCGACGGCCGCGACAUCCACGUCAAGACUCCAGACAGGCACAAUCUGCUGAGACCAGAGACGGUGGAGAGCUUAUUCUACCUCUACCGCUUCACCAAGGACCCCAAGUACCAGGACUGGGGCUGGGACAUCCUUCAGAGCUUCAACAAGCACACCAAGGUGGCGACUGGCGGCUACACCUCCAUCAACAACGUCCGCGACCCCGUGAACCCAGGUCCCCGGGACAAGAUGGAGAGCUUCUUCCUGGGGGAGACCCUGAAGUAUCUCUACCUGCUCUUCUCCAACGACACGGAGCUCCUCAGCCUGGACAAGUUUGUGUUCAACACCGAGGCCCACCCGCUGCCUAUCUGGCCCUCGCCACCCAAGUAACCCACCCCAUCCCCCGACAGAGGCACUACCUAGGGGAGGUCAGGAACAAAAAACUCUUCAAAGUAAAAGUCCCCUCACUUGGAAAAUGGAUCAGGGGUGGAGGAGUGACAUGUUAAAGCAGGGAAACUAUGUUUGUCUCAGAAUGAAAGGCUCUUAUUUUGAAGGAUUUAUUUCUCCCAACAGAAGGGAAUUCAUGAUGGAGCUGGUCUCUUUAGCCAAAAUUGGGUUGUUGUCUUUUUGGGGAGCUGCAUUAAUUUAUUUAUUGUUUGCAUUUGAAUGUUUAAGUUGUCAUUUUGCCAAGAAACAAGCUCAUAAAGAAUGGCAAGUGCCUAUCACUAGUGGCCAGAGCCCAAAGUUAUGUGAAAACAUUGAAUUAGUUUUUUCUGAUAAGCAGCAAGGGAAAUGUAUUAUUUUAAACCAAUUGAAGCAACUAAAUUGUAUAAUUUAUGAAGAUACUAGCAGAAUUUUCAUUUUUUCUGAUUCGACUUACUGUUUUGGACAUCAGUUUGAUUGCCCACGCUGACUUACUUGUUGGGCAGCUGCUGACAGAAAGCAGUGUUGCCAUGGAAACCCUGUUCUGAUGCAAUGAACAGAGACUUUAGGUGGGAAAUGUUUUCGGUAGAAAAAGUAACUUGUCUUUCACUGGAAAUGCUUUGCAAUACAAACUCUUCUCUCCUGAACCCUCAGGACUGGAUUAGCAUAGCAUCCUCAUUAGCUUUGAUGAGUCGAGUGAGACUGACUGAAAACGUAAUGUGUGCGCCACAGAUAACAGUUGCACGUAUAUGAAGAGCAAUGUCUGAGCAUUUAUUAGCCAUGGGUUCCCGACUAAAAGAGCAAAGUGCCUGAUCAGACAGAGAACGCUCAAUCCGCGGUGAAGAACACAGAUAAAACCUAGUGGUGAGGGGUUGAUCUGCAGCCAAACGGAGCCAGGUUCAAUGCUCAGUCACCAACCUAUGAAUGAAAUCACUUGAAGUCAAUUUGCAUCAAAGAGUAAAUCACAUCUUACAUAGUAAAUAUUCCUUGCAUUUUGGUUUUUACUUGAUUUAAAUCAAUGAAUGUUCAAACCAGGCCGCGUUUUUUAAUUUUAUUUCAGAAUACGUUAGUUAAGCGUCCAUUAAUGUAAACCCACAAGGGAUGGAGGCUUUGUGUGUGGAUUAAGUGUAACAACAUGGAUUUCAUCAUGGAGACUGGAAAGGGGAACCAAGCCAAACGUGACAAAGCCUUUUUUACAAAUUGUAAUUUUCUGUUGUCGUCAAGUGUUUUUUGUUAUGUGUUUUUCAAUGCAAUGUGGCUUUAAUCCAUUGUCUGACAUUCUGGAUUAUGUUUAUUCAUUUUAUGGUGUGACUAUUUCCGAGGAGAAAUGCUUGAGACAUUGCAAUGACUUGGUAAUUUAAUAAAAAGUAACUAAUAUAAUAUAUUACCAGAUGAUGUGUGGAUGGGAGACAGGCCUUUUUUUUUCAGUGCAUUGAGUGAAUGUGAUAUCUUCAGACUUAAAAUCGAUUUAUCUUUGUUUCCUGUUUCUACCACCACUGUGAUUUAAAUAUUGAAAAAUUGACAAAGUUUGCACUUUGAAAUGGAGUAGUUAAUGCGGUACAGCCCACACCUAAAAUUCUCUCUCUGUCUUCUGUACCUUUUAAAGAGUUAUGGUUUCCAAUGGUGCCCUACUACUAAAUACAUGAAGGCAAUAUAUGUUCUAAUAUGGGAAAGAAAUGAUUUGUAUUAUCUGCUGAAAUUGUAUAUAAUGAUAAAUAGGGUGGUGGACGUAGGUAUAAUUUGAUUUGUUUUGAAUUUACUCAUUCUGCAAAUUUGUAUGUAAAUACUCAUGUCAUAUUCAACGUCUGUGUGUCCACCCUUACAUGCUUUAUAGAUGUGCCAUGAUGUUAAAAUGCUGUUCAAAUCAACUAUCGAUAAUUCUACUUAAAUCAAGACCAUCUUUCUUCCACCUG